AUGUCGCCGUCGCGCGAGCUCGCGACCACCCCGGAGGCGGCGGCGGCGUCCAAGGCGUCGCCGUACGACGACACGCCGCGCACCGAGACGCCCGCGCGCGUCCUCGGCCCGCGACGCGCGAAGACGCCGUCGCGGAUCAUCGUCAGGGACGGGCACUUCCGGCACCCGCGCGCGUGGCGCGGCAGCGGCGUCGCCGUGCCGGUGUUCUCCCUGCGAUCGCGAGAGAGCGUCGGCGCGGGCGAUUUCGGCGACUUGGAAGCGCUCGUGGACGUCGCCGCGGAGGCGGGGAUGAGCGUCGUGCAGCUCCUGCCGGUGAACGACACGACCGUGCACAACACGUGGUGGGACUCGUACCCGUACAGCAGCGUCUCCGUGCACGCGUUGCACCCGUUGUACUUGAAGCUCAAGCCGCUCGUAGAGGAGGCGGCUAAUGCGGCGGCGGCGGGCCCCGACGCCGGCCGUUUGAUGGCGCUCAGCGCGGAGGUGGAUCGCGCGAAGCACGCGCUCGAUCUCAAAGAGAUCGACUACGAGGCGACGAUGCGCGUGAAGCUGAUGGUCGCGAAGCGGUGCUUCGAGGCGACGCGGGCGACGUUUUUGGCGUCCGAGGCGUGCGAGCGCUUCGUCCGCGAGCAGGCGUCGUGGUUGAAACCCUACGCGGUGUUCAGCGCGCUGCGGGAGCUCUUCGGGACCGCGGAGCACUGGCGGUGGGGCGACUUGUCCGCGACGAACGCGGCCGCGGUCGUCGCGCGUCUGUCGCAGCCGAACAGCGAGCUGUACCACGUCGUGUCGAUGCACUACUACGUGCAGUACCACCUCGACCGGCAGUUGCGCCGGGCGGCUGCGCACGCGGCGGCGCGGGGCGUCGUGUUGAAGGGCGACCUGCCCAUCGGCGUGGAUAAGGCGUCCGUGGACACGUGGAUGCACCCGAAACUGUUCCGGAUGAACACGAGCACGGGGGCUCCGCCGGAUGACUUCGACCCGAACGGCCAGAACUGGGGUUUCCCCACGUACGAUUGGGAGGAGAUGAGCAAGGACAACUACGCGUGGUGGCGGGGCCGGAUGACGCACCUGGAGCGUUUUUUCAGCGCGAUGCGGAUCGACCACGUGUUGGGUUUCUUCCGGAUCUGGGAGCUCCCCGCGCACACGAAAACGGGUCGCCUCGGACGGUUUCGUCCGUCCGUGCCGAUUCGGAAACGCGAGCUCGACGAGAGAGGGCUGUGGUUCGUCGACCGCCUGUGCGAGCCGUGGGUGACGUCCGAGCGGUUGCGAGCGCUCUUCGGCGACCGCGACGGCGAAGCCGCGGGGAGGUUCUUCGAAGAGACCGGCGCUGAGACGAAGCCGGACGGCACCACGUCGACGACGUACAAGUUCAGGAAGGAGUACAACACCGAGAGAGGGCUCCUGAGCUCGGAGGCGUUGCGCGUCCGCGACGGGUCCCCGGAUUGGCUCGUGAAGGAGACGGAGGAGCUGCGACGCGGCUUGAUGACGCUCCUGCAGAACGUCAUCCUGCUCCGCGACCCGGACGACGCGGACGCGUUUUACCCGCGGAUCGAAUUCGAAAAGACGACGAGUUUCCGCGAUCUCGACGACUGGGCGCGAGACGCGCUCUCGUGGCUGUACGACGACUACUUCAACGCGAGGCAAGACGCGACGUGGCGGGAGAACGCGCGGCGGACGCUGCCGGCGCUGAUGUCGUGCACCGGGCAGCUCGUGUGCGGGGAGGAUCUCGGGAUGGUCCCGCCGUGCGUCCCGCCCGUGCUCGAAGAGCUCGGGAUCUUGGGGCUGCGCAUACAGCGGAUGCCGCACGACGGCGGCGAGUUCGGCCGGCCGGAGCGCUACCCGUACGAGACCGUGUGCAGCCCCUCAUGUCACGACACGUCCACGACUAGGGCGUGGUACGAGGCGGACCCGGCGCGACGGGAUCGGUACGCGAAGCUCGUCUCCGCGCCGGAGAAGUGCGAGCCGCACGUGAUGCGGGCGAUCGUGCGGCAGCACAUGGCGAGCCCGUCGUCCAUCGCGAUAUUCCCCGCGCAGGAUCUCCUCGCGCUCGUGGGGGAGUACGCGACGCGACCGGCGGAGGAGGAGACGAUCAACGACCCGACGAACCCGAAGCAUUACUGGCGGUUCAGGCUGCACGUGAGGUUGGAGGACAUGCUCGCGAAUAAGGCGUGGCUGGGGGAGAUUCGGCAGCUCGUCGUCGAGGGUGGACGGAUGCCGAUGACCGGGUGA